CCCCGCGCCGGGCUUGGGAGCUCCAGACGCCCGGACGGAGCCUCCUGGGAGGUGUCACGUCCCUGCGCUGCGGAUGCCCCCGGGAGCUCUGUGCGGUCCCGGAGUGGGCCUUUGUCAUCCACGUAGGCACCGUCCGGUACUCACUGUUCUGGGCGUGUUGUGGCCAUUGAACCGUUUACCGACCAGACGCGGGCCCUAGAGACAGUGGAGAAAGCCUGGACGCAUGUGCUGUGCCGCCCUGGCCCACCCCACUCCGGCUGUCGUGGGGAGCCGCUGUGCAGUGCCCGCGACUAUUAGGCAGAGCCCUAUGAGGUUGCUGUUUGAGGUCAGACGUGGUCAGACAUUGGGAAUUUCACAUGGAUCAGCCAGCAGGGGUGUUCAGUUCCGUGCUAGUUCCUUCCCUUGAGGAAACCACAGGGCCACUGCAUUAAAGGGAACACUCAGAACACAUGCUUGCUCACUUCCGACAGAGAAAAACAAAAGGUGACUGUGCGCAUUCGAAGAAAACGCCGGCGAAGAGGAAGGGCGCGGCUGUCGAUGCGCCUGACCAGGAGGAGAGUCCGGUAGCUGCGGCCGAGGCUGCCGGACUCCUGGGAGGCUGGGCCGUUGGCAAGAACGCGUCGUGCAGCGACACCCCUGAUGGCGCAGGAGCCCCUCAGCUGCAGGAGCCCGGUGGAGCGGGGACGCCGCAGAAGCUGGAAGACGAUGGUCCGGAGCAGCCUAGGGUGAUGACGAAGGAGCUGGAGCUGGAAGUGCUGCGCCUGAGCCUGAGCGACAUGCACACGGCGCGGCUGGAGCUGACGCAGGCGCACCUGCAGCGCGAGAAGGAGGCGGCGCUGGCCGAGCUGCGUGCCGAGCUCACCGGGCGGCACGCGCAGGAGCGGGCCCUGCUGCAGAGCCGCGCGUGCAGGGAGCUGGAGCUGGUCCGGGAGGAGGCAGCUGACCUGAAGGAGAAGCUACAAUCAGAAAUGGAGAAAAAUGCCCAGAUGAUAGAGACCCUGAAGCAAGACUGGGAAUCCGAGAGAGACUUGAGCUUAGAAAACCUACGCCGAGAAUUAUCGGAAAGGCAUCGGUCAGAACUGGAGAAUUUACAAAACCAGUUUAAGAAAGAAUUGGCAGAACAGAAGGCUGAGUUGGAGAAGGUUUUUCAAGACAAAAAUCAGGCUGAAUUUUCCCUUCAGACUCAGGAGGCUCAGCAUGAGGCGGCCCUGAGCAAGUUACGCGCGGACCUGCAGUUGGAACACUGCCAGUACGUGGAAGACCUGGAGCUGAAAUUCAGAGAAAAGGAAAAGGAAAAGCAGCUUGAGUUGGAGAACCUGCGCGCCUCGUACACGGAGCUGCAGGCCCAGUCACAGGAGGAGAUCCGGCGCCUGGGGGCCCAGCUGGAGUCUGCAAGGUCCAGCAGGCAGGAGCCGAGUGAGUUACCCGAGCAGCUCCUGGCCCGAGCGUCUCACGUGGAGGGGCUAGAAUACCUGACGCAGGCCUUAGAGCAGCAGCAGCAGGAGAGAACCAGGCACGAGGCUCAACUGGAACAGCUGAGAAUCUCUUCUGAAGAGAAGUUGAGGGAGGCUGAGAGGGGCCACCAGGAGGACCUGACCCUGUUACAGCAGCAGCUGCAGGGCGGGAAGGACAGCUCCCCGCCGGAGGCUGUGGGAAUCAGUGCCUGUUCAGAAGAGACGCCUGAAGAAGAAGGAAGAGACCGUCUUGAUCAACUUGGCCUUCAGCUGGAGCAGCACGAGGAGAGCCUGGGGUUGCGCACACAGCUAGAAGGAAACCACCAGCGCCAACUAGCAGCGGGGAAGUCCUCCCAGGAAGUCCAGCAGGAGGCGGGCCUCGCAGGGACCCAGGUGUUGGAAGAGGAGCAGCAUGUGUGGCCUUCGGAAGAGCCCGGCCCAGAGCUCUCCCGGGUGCCCCUCCUGUGUGCACACAGCACGGCCUUGGAGGUGGCAGCCGGAGACUUGGGUCUGGAAACCAUGCACAAGGCUCAUCUCCUGCUUCUUCUGACGGAGCUCAAGGAAGAAAUCGACCUCUUAAAAGUAGAAAAUAGAAAUUUACACGAGAAAUUGCAGCACGAAAUCCGCCUAAAAGAGGACUUGGAGCAAGUGAAAUGUACUUUAGUGGAAGCCCACCAGGAAGCACUGAAGAGCGCUAAGGAGAAGCUUGAGCUAAUGAGACGAGGCGAGAGAGAGGCCGAGUGGGAAGUCACGAGUGAGGACCCGAGGAGAGGGGCUGAAGAGAGGCCGAUGCAGCUGCUCCUCGAGCUGCGGGAGCAGGCCGAGUCCGAGAAGCUGUCCAUGAUGCACAGGUUUGAGCUUCGAGAAGCCGAAAUGAGGCAGCUGCAGGACCAGCAGGCAGCCCAGAUCCUGGACCUGGAGGGGUCGCUGAUGGAGCAGCAGGGCCGCCUGAGGCAGCUGGAACUGGGGCUCUCGGGGGACGAGUCUCUGCAGUGCAGCCAGUGUGGCCGGGAGCUGGGCGGUGGUCUGGCCCCCACGGACCGGGACCACCUGAAGGAGGACUGUGCUCUCCAGCUGCAGCUGGCCCAGAGCAGGUUUUUAGAAGAACGUCGAGAAAUCACAGAGAAAUUUGCUGCAGAGCAAGACACCUUCCUGCGGGAGGCCCGGGAGAAGCACGCCCGCGAGCUCCAGCUGCUCCAGGAGAGUCACCGGCAGCACGUCCUGUCCUUGACGGCGGAGCUGGAGACCCGGCACCAGGCUGAGGUGGACGCGCUGAGGGCUUCUUUGGAGCGAGAGUGGUGGGCUCUCUCAGAAGCCCGCGUGGCUGAGCUGCAGACAAAACACGCUGCGGAAAUCACUGCUUUGGAGACCAGACACGCGUCACGCCUGGACGCUUUGGAGUCGCGUUACCUGUCUGAGAUGCAGACCUUGCUGGGCCUGGAGGAGCAGCUACAGAAAGAGGAUGUUUCUCACCACAUGGUCUUGACUUGGGUGUUAGAGAAGCUGAAGCUGAAACACGAUGAAGAGCCCCAGUCCACAGAGGACGGCCUGAGAGCGGGAGAGAACACAGAGCACGUGGAGGGUGUGAGAGCCUCCUGGCUGCGCGGAGCUCGCCAGCAGGGCGCUGCGGUUCCUGCGGAGCUGGAAGAGGAGGAGAAGCAGCAGCUCUGCUGUCGGGAGGAGAUUGAGCUGCUGAAGUGUCGGUCGGAGGCGCUGCUGGAGCAGCACAUCACACAGUUAAAGGGUGAAUUUGAAAGUGAAAAGAAAGCUGCUUUGCAUGAAAAAGAGGCGAUACAUAAACUUGAGCGAGAGCAGGCACAGUCUCUUUACCAAAAAGAGAAAGAGUCUCUGUCUCUGCAGCUUCGGGAGAAGAAUAACCAAAUUCUGCAGCUAAAAGACCAGAUUUUAUCCUUAAGUCGUGAGAUAGAAGAGCGCCAUUCCGAACUGGAGAGGCUUCAGCAAAGGCGGGAAAGGGAGAACCAGGAGGAAACAACUCUCAUCUCAAUGCUCAAGUCCGACAUCGACCUGUCCCACAGCGAGAGGAGAGCUCUCCGGGACGCCCUGAGGAGGCUGCUGGGCCUGUUUGGGGAGACGCUCAAGGCCGCCGUUGCCCUGAAGAGCCGCAUCGGUGAGCGCGUGGGGCUCUGCCUGGAGGACGAGAGCCCGCCUGCAGCCCCAGCCCUGGACGAGGUGUGGCCCGGGCUCGACGCGGCCCUGCCGGAGCUGGACAGCGCAUCGCCCGAGUGCGCCGAGACGUCGUCAGUGGCUGAGAUUAGCAGUCACGUCUGUGAGAGCUUCUUCAUGAGCCCAGAAAGCACGCUGGAGUAUGAGCGGCCCGUCAGGAGGAUCUACCGGAGCCUGGGCCUGGCGGUGGACGGCCUCCUGGAGAUGGUCCUGGACUCCACCAGGCAGCUGGAGGAAGCACGUCAGAUUCAUUCUCGUCUUGAGAAGGAGUUCAGCUGCAAGAGCGAGGAGACGGCGCAGGUGGUGCGGAAGCACCAGGAGCUGCUGGAGCACCUGGACGCGGAGAGCGCGGCCAAGGCCCGGCUCGAGCUGGCGCUGCACACGGCGGAGGGCAUCGUCGAGGGCUUCACAGAGGAGAGGGCCAGCCUGCAGGAGGCACUGGGCCGGAAGGAGGCGAGUGAGCAGGGCCUGGUGGCUGAGCUGGAGGGCCUGAGGCAGCAGCUGCAGUGUGCGGCCCGACGGCAGGCGGAGCUGCAGGAGGAGAACUCCGUGCUGUGGAGCCAGAAGGAAGCCUUGGCUGUGGAAGCCGGAGAGAGGGAGACCGCUCUUCAGAAGGAAGUGGAGUCGCUCACCAAGGAGCAGUCGGAGACCAAGGAGCAGUCGGAGAAGGACCGCUCAGCGCUGCUGUCCCAGAUGAGGCUCCUAGAGGCAGAGCUGGAGGAGCAGCUCUCGCGGCAGCAGGCGUGUGCCCGGCAGGCCGAGGAGCUCUCCGCCCUGAGGCAGCAGAUGGGCUCCCUGGACCAGCAGCUGCGCCGCCAGCGCCAGUUCAUGGACGUGCAGGCGGUGGAGCGGGAACGCGAGCGCGAGGACUUCCAGCAGGAGAUCCAGAGGCUAGAGGAGCAGCUCCGCCAGGCAGCCCGGCUGCGACCGCCGGGUCCCUGCGACAGCGACCUGGAUGGUGAGAUCGAAUUGUUAGAAGAAAAAUUGAGAGAAAAAUCAGAUGGACUUAAUGAACUGAUUAUAAAGAAAGAGUUGGCAGAUAGACAAGUAUUAAUCCAGGAAGAGGAGAUAAAACGUCUGCAGGAGACGAACGCCAGCACCACGAGAAAACUGAUGCAGCUCCAGGGAGAACUGGAGAGACAGCGGAAAGCUGCGAGGGACCUGGAGCAGGACAAAGAGGCAUUACAGGAACAGCAGAUGAGUAACUUGCUCCUGGUGUCCACACUGCAGUCUAAACUGGAUGAGGGCAAAUGCCUGGGGUCACCUGCGGGCAACCGUCCUGACGAUGCAGAAGUCCAGCUGGAGGCGGUGCACAGGACGCUGCUGCAGCAUGAGGACGAGGUUUUGUAUAACAGAAGUUCUGAAAUUGAAGAGCUGAAAUCCAUUAUUGAGAAUUUGCGAGAGAACCAAGAGAGGUUACAGAAGGAUAAAGCACAGGAGAUUGAACAGCUCCAUGAGGUCAUCGAGAAACUGCAGAGGGAGCUCCCACUCGGGGGACCCGCAGCGCCCCAGGCCAGUGAUGGCAGAGCCGCCAGCCUGCAGAGCGAGCUGCUGGGCCUCCCGGCUGAAGGAGCCAAGGCCUGCGCGGAGCUGGAGGGCAAGCUGCGUGCCGCCCUCGAGGCCAAGGAGGCCCUGAGCCGGCUGCUGGCCGAGCAGGAGCGCGGGCACGGCCAGGCCCUCGAGGACCUCCAGCAGCGCCUGCAGGCCGCAGAGGAGGUGGCCGUGCGGCAGCUGGCCGCGUCGGGGCCCGGCGCCGCCCUCAGGGAGGCCGAGGUCCAGGCCCUGGCCUCCCAGAUCCGCGAGUUCGAAGCUGCCCUGCGAGCCAAGGAAGCAAAGAUCGCAGAGAGAGAGUUAGAAAUCAAUGCUCUGCACCAGCAGAAGUCAGCCCACUCUGCCGAGCUGGAGGCCAUCCUGGCAGCCGUGGCCCGCUUCCGCUGCGCCCUAGAGCAGCAGCUCCUGGCGGCCUCUGGGGAGCCCCCCGAGCUGCAGCGGCUCCGGGCGCAGUGCGUCCGCCUCAGCUGCCAGCUGCAGGCGCUCAACCAGCGCUUCCUGAGGUGCCAGAGGGAGCCGGACGAGCGGCAGGCGAACGGGGCCCAAGUGGCAGGCAGUUCCGGGGGGUGGGCAUCCUGGGGAGAAGAGGCCUCCUGCCACGAAGAGGUGGAACAGGAUGUGUGUGGCAGGUGGCUGGCUGAGGCCCCCCACGGCCAUGGCGGUAACCCACAGAGCCCUAUUAAGGAGGAUCCGCAGCUGGCCAAAGCCCUGCCGACGUUGACCCGCGCAGGUCUCAGCCAGCAGGACAGCGUAAUGUCGGUGCUCGCGGUCUGCCAGCGGCAACUGGAGUCUGAGCUGCUGUUAGUGAAAAAGGAAAUGUGCCUGCCUGCAGAGAGCGGAGUGUCGGGAACAGCGAAGGGUAAGGAAAAACUACUGGAAGAUUGUCAGCUGCGGAAAGUUGAUCUCAUAGAUCAGGUGAAACAACUUCAAGAAAAACUGAACCAUCUGGUACAUUGCAUGAGCUUCCAAAACGUCAGGACAGAGGACUUGAAAUAUCAACAGGCAUUGGAAUCUCCACAUGUUUUAGAAAAUAAUGCGAGUGAUAGUUCCAGUAACAGUGAAGAAACUGACAGAUCAUCUCCUGUUGAUGCAUUUAAUGUCACAUGGGAUCUAGUUGACAUUAUUGGAAAUCAAGAUUCGUUGAUACAAAACGAGGUGCCAGAUACUUCCACAGGAGAGCAGGUUGCUUUGCAAGACAGGUCACUCUGCUCACAGGGGAGCUUGUACGGGUGUUCCCGUGACCUCUCCCACACCCAGGGGACCAAGCCCUUGAAGAAAGUGCUCAGGACGAUGGACCUGUCUUCCUGGAGCUCCCCUGAGGUCGUCAGGAAGGACUCAAUCUCUGAGCGCCCCCCUAGCCUGCCCCUCACACCCUGCUUGGAUGCCCUGAGCCAGUGCAGUCUGGACACCUCCCUGUGGGAUGGGACGAGCACCCAGCUGCUCCAGGCUGACCAGUUAGGGCUGCUUUGUUACUCGGGCGAGUCAGCAGCAGGAACAGCCCCUAAGUGGGCGGGGUCUCCGUUAGCUGCAGACGGGGCCCCCUCCAUCGACCACCAUGCUCAGCGGGUGCCUGUGGAGAAAGAUGUUGAAGAUUUUAUCAUAACGUCUCUUGAUUCUCAAGAAAAGUCAAGAUCACCUCCUCUUGGGUUAGAAGGAAAAAGCGAUGGAAAAAGUGAUGGCGCGGGGUUUGGAAAGGCACUAAGCCGAGACUCGGGAAGACCGGGAGCACCCACUGCUGGUCCCGCAGCGCCUCUCACCCCCCGGGGGUUCCGACGGCCGCUGGGCGCCAGGAAGCAGAAGGAAGUCCAUCCGAAGCAAGUGAAGGCUUUGCUGCAGAUGGUGUGUGACGAGAGCCACCACAUCCUGGCCCUGUCCGAAUACCGUGGACCCCCGAGCAUGCUGAGCAGGGGCGAGCCCAGCGCCCCCCUCGGGUGCCUCACGAUGGGGGGCCAGGGCCUGCUGGAGGCAGCACCAGCUCCCAGGGAGCAUCCCACCCCAGGACCCCCAAAGGGGGAGAAGGAACCUUCCAAUGUGGGCCUCGACUGGAGAAGGGAAUUUCUGCGGAUCGUGCAAGAGGCCUUUGAAAAGGAGCGGGAGAUACUGAGAGUCGAGCUGUGGCCCCGGCCCUGUGGCUCAGGCCCUGGGGGCUGCGGCUCCCUGUUGGAGAGGCUGGAGAAGGUGGUCCAGGAGCAGGGGGACCUGCAGGAGAGGUCCUUGGAGCACCUUCGCCUGUCGGACAGGAGCAGCCUGAUGUCCGAGAUCCAGGCUUUGCGCGCCCAGCUGCGGAUGACGCACCUGCAGAACCAGGAGAAGCUGCAGCAGCUGUGCGUGGCACUGACCAGUGCAGAGGCCCGCGGGAGCCGCCAGGAGCACCAGCUGCGGAGGCAGGUUGAGUUAUUGGCGUAUAAGGUUGAGCAGGAAAAAUGUAUAGUAAGCGACCUGCAGAAAACCCUGAAUGAAGAGCAAGAGAAAGCAAAUAACGUCCGGAAGCUGCUGGUGGUGGAACAGAACACAGUCAGAGAUCUGAAAUCUGAGCUCUGCGAGUGUAGACAGGACAAGGAGCGGCUGCUGAAGUCCCUCGACGAGGUGCAGAAGGAGGUCCUUCAGCUGAGGUCAGUGCUGGACAGUAAGGAGGAUGACCUGCAGGCUGCGCUGCAGCAGCUGGAGGCCGAGCGCACCAAGGAGCGGGCCCUGCAGAGCCGGCUGGAGGAGGAGCGGCUGCAGUGCCUGCAGAAGGAGGGCCAGAGCGCCAGGACCCUGGAGGAGUUAAGGGCGACUUUGGAGAAGCAGUGCGCUCAGAGUAACCAGCUGUGCGUGGCGCUAAAACACGAGCAGACGGCCAAGGACAACCUCCGGAAGGAGCUGCAGAUCGAGGCCUCGCGCUGCGAGGCGCUGCUGGCGCAGGAGCGUGGCCGCCUCUCGGAGCUGCAGCGGAGCCUGGAGGCCGAGCAGGGCCGCUCCCGCGAGCUGUCCGAGGCCCUGCAGCACGAGCGCCUGCUCACGGAGCGGCUGAGCCGGCGGCCACAGGACAAGCAGGCGCAGCCGGCUCUGCUGCAGAAGCUCAGGGGCUGCGAGGCCCGCGUGCUGGAGCUGGAGGUGGCGCUGGAGGCCGCGCGGCAGCGAGCCCUGGAGGCUGAGGCCCACGUGCACCGCCAGGACGUGGAGAGGGAGCAGGAGCGAGAGUUAGAGCUGCAGCGCCAGCGGGAUGAGCACAAGAUCCUGCAGCUCCAGCAGACGGUGAGGGAGCUGCAGGCGAGGGAGGCCGCGCGCCCCCGUCCGGAGCCAGAGUCGGAGCCCGCGCGCCCCCAGGAGCAGCAGCGGGGCCUAGAGAAGGUGCGGCAGCAGCUGCUCUGUGCUGCGGGGCUUCUGACCAGCUUCAUCAACCAGACAGUGGACAGGACCAUCAGUGAUUGGACGUCGUCAAACGAGAAGGCAGUGGCGUCCUUGCUUCACACGCUGGAGACGCUCAAGUCUGAAUUGGGCGCGUCCAGCUCCUGCCGGAAGAAGACGACGGUGGAGCUGCAGGUCCAGCUGGUGGACGUCCUGCUGAAGGACAAUGAGUCCCUGAGCAGAGCGCUCAGCAUGGUGACGCGGGAGAGGGCGGAGCUGUGCAGGGCCGUGUCCCGGCUGGAGAGGAGCCCCCGGGCCGCGGGGACCCCGCAGGAGGGCUGCGCGCGCAGGAGGUCGGACAGGUCUGUGUGGAAGCAGGACAGGAUGGGCUCGCUGGGCUCAGCACGACACCCAGACCCAGCACUGCCCACACCAGAAGCUGGCGCCUGCAAUGCCAAGAUGGAAAAAUUGUACCUGCGUUAUCUGAGAGCAGAGAGCUUUAGAAAAGCCCUGAUUUAUCAAAAGAAGUAUCUUUUGCUGUUGAUUGGUGGAUUCCAGGACUCUGAACAAGAAACGCUCUCCAUGAUCGCCCACUUGGGAGUAUUUCCUUCCAAGGCAGAUAGGAAAGCGGUGGCGGCACGCCCUUUCACAAAAUUCCGCACUGCCGUCAGGGUGGUGAUCGCUGUCCUAAGGUUACGCUUUUUGGUUAAGAAAUGGCAACAAGUAGAUGGCAGAGGAGCCCUAGCGCCGGGCCGAGCACCCCGCCCAGGAUUCCUGGUGCCACGGCCGCAGCAGUCUCCACCCGACACCCGCGCAUCCCCACCAACCCGGGACGUGUCUUCCAGCCACGCCAGGGGCCCUGUGCCAAAAGCAUCCCCACGCAGGAGGGAAAGAUCAAAUCCGUCCCCAAAUCCCAGAUCAGAAAGAUCCCUGACUGCUUCUCAAGAUCCAGAACAUUCCUUGACGGAAUACAUUCACCAUUUAGAAAUGAUCCAGCAAAGACUGGGAGACGUACCACCAGAUUCUACUUCAGAGAAGUCCUGCUGCCAGAAGAGUAAACAGUGAAUAAAGUCCUGUGACGAUUGUAUUUGAGGAAGAGGUUUGAUUUUCUGUGGGAGCUUGUGAUGUGCGUGUGCUGAGUGGUGCUGAGCGCCAGCCCCGGUGUCGUCAGUUAGGUGCUCUCACCCUUACGCUUUGCUGCAAAGCCAAGUGGAGUAUUUUCUGUGUGAUUUCAGCACAUCUUAGCUUCUUACCUUGAUGAGGUAGCUGUGUGCUCGUGAGUGACGGGCGUCUGCCCGGUUCUCUGUUGGUCGAGCCUCCCUGCCCACCCACGAAGGGUAAGCAGAGGAUGGCUUCCUGUUGUUUAUUUUCUUAAAGUGUACAGCCUGGUUUAAAACAAAAACACACACAAAAACAAAAAGAAUAAAAUCAAAGCCCUGGUGUGUUUGUGAAUA